CCCACAACAAAUAACAUACAAGCAACAAAGCCGGCUUCAAAAUGAUGGAGGAACGACGUCUUGAAAGGCAGCGCCGUCUAUUGGCCAUGCGGAGUGCAGCUCCCUCACUGCCCUCCACCCACUCGAAGGAGUUCAACCUGCGCCUGGUGGAGCUCUACAAGGCGGAGCCCUGCCUGUGGAACACCUCGCUGCCGGAGCACAAGGAUCCGGAGCAGAAGCGCUACGCCUGGGAGAAGAUCGCCGCCCAGCUGGGAAGCCAUAUGAGUGCCGAGUUUGUGCGCUGCCGUAUGCGCAGCAUGCGAUAUCAUCUGAAUGUCUACAAUCUGCAGAUGAUCGAGUACCAGAUGGCACCGCCCAGUGCCACAGAUAAGCCGCCCGAGAAGCCCUUUUACCAUGAGAGCUUUGCCUUCCUGGAAACUGCUACUUCAAAUAGUGACAAUAGCGAUCAGAAAGAUUCGGCAAGUGGUGAGCCUACUGAAGAACCAAAACCCUCAACCGCCGACAAGUUGGCCAAACUCUGGUCCGACUUCAAUCUGAAGACCCUGACCAAAAGAGAGUCCUUGGCUGCCAGUGGUAGUGGUGGUCAUCCUCCCAGGGAACGUCGCUCGGGACCGAGCAUCGCUGGAAUGGUCAAGAUGCGCCUGCAGGAGGCACAGAUGAAGCCACUAGAGUUUGCAAUGCCGCGUCUGGGAAUUCCGAGGGUACAGCGAAGUAUACCCAAAAGUCGGGUUUUGGAACAGAGUUUUGGAUCGGAGGAGGCCCUUUCCCAGUCACCAACCGCCUUGCAGGCCCGUCCCGGUGACUCGGUGUCCAAAACGAAGCUGGAUCGGGAUAGGGAGAAACCGACUACCUCCCAGAAGGCUCAGGGCUCCCAGUCGGAGGACGAGGAGCUGUACAGUCUGCACUGGAAUGUGCGCAAGGAGCAGCGUUCCCUGCGUCCUGGACACGAACAGCUGCGUCAGAAGCAUCCAUUGAAACUGCGCUCCUCCCAAGGCAACGAACCCACUCCAGAUAUAUUUUAAAUUAGGUUUACUCUGGUUUCAUAUGAUAUUGGUUAUUGGAAACUGAAACAGAUACCACUAAAUUGUUCAAAUAAUCCCUAUUCCAUUUGAUGACCUCAAUAUCCCCCUGUAAACCAUGUUAUUAACAAGUAUAUAUGUGUAUAUGCAAUCCCUAUCUCCUCGAUGCCACUGAUGAUUACGAACGCUUCAGCCAAAGGACGACGAGGGCUCCUUUCAAGUUUGAUUAAUUCCUGAGCCCGGGCCAAAUGAGGCGGAAAGAUACGGAUACAGGAGGAGUCCAGCAAAUGAUUUAUGAAUGUAUCUCAGGAGAGCGCGGGAAUGAUGAUAAAAAGUCAUAUGCCAAGUGAAAGUUGCUAAACUCUUGCCGCAAAUCCAAAAACCACCGACAAAAUUAGUUUCUGGCUGCCAGAACAAAUUACGAAAAUUACUCCCAGAAAUUACACGUACAGUUUGGCUCCUUUAAAAGGCAACCAACCACAUUUCCCUCCCUUCAAAGGACCCACAUCCCACUGCUCCGACCAGAUGGGAUGCUCAUUAGCGUGAAAAUUUAAUUUAAUUCCCUUCAAUAAACCCCUUAAGUGUU